AUGUCAAGUACAAAAAAAAUCCGUCAUGUUCAAGAAGAACAACAAUUUUCUGAUGAUGUUGACGAAAAGAUGGAUUUUAUCAACUCCCUGGAUCAUUAUUCAUUAGAAAAAAUAUUUAUGUUGCUGCCAAUAUGUGACAGAACAAAUUUGAAAAAAGUUUGUACCAGAUGGAAAGAGGUCUGUAAACUAGCUUGGUAUGACAUUAAAAAAUACAAAUGUAGCCAUACAAUUGGUGGUGCUUAUAAUAACCAGUUGCUGACACAAUCAUAUGUUGAAAACUUGAUAUUAAAUUGUGGUACUUAUUUACAAGAAUUAAUUCUUUCAAAAAUUUGCACUUCAAGUAUCAUGCCAAUCAUUGGUGAACACUGCAAAAAUUUAACAAGAUUUGAAUUUGUGUUUAACGAGAUUGGACAGACAACAAAGUUAAAAUCUGAAAUACUCAGUAGUCUGCCAGAAGAAAUUAAUGAAAUUCAUGUAAUCGUUGAAACAAGUAACAGGUUAAAAACUCCAUGCUUUUUUGAUUUAGAAAAAUUUAAAAAUCUCCAUAGUUUGACAAUAAGUGGCUGCAAACUCGACUCUAUUAUCCAACAAAUAUCAGAAAAAAUAAAGAUAACAGAUAUGGUUCUGCAAAAGUUAACAGAAUUAAAAAAUCUCGAGUGUUUAGAAUUAUGUUUUCCGCAAAAGAUCAGUGACGAAUCUGUACUUGCAAUAUCAAACAAUUGUAAAAAACUUAAACAUCUGGAAAUUCCACAUACUCGUAGAUUAUAUUCUUUUGGUACGGAAGAUGAUGAAGAUGAUGAUGAUGAUACUGAUACUGAAGAUGAUUCGGAAAAUAAUGUUCAUGAUGAUGAACCAGUUCCUCGUGUAACCGUUUUUGAUGAUUUAUCAAAAUUAAAAUAUCUCGAAUCUUUAAAUGUGUCAGGUGCACAUAAAUUUACUGAUAGUAGUAUUAUUGCUAUUGCAGAUAAAUGUAAAAGUCUUAAAAAUUUAAAUAUAUCUCAUUGCAAAUAUAUUACUGAAGCAGGUCUUAAUGCCAUAACCAAUUUGGAAUUAUUACAAAAAUUAAAUGUCAGCAAUGUUAAAAGUGUUACAAACAGUUUUAUCAUCAAAUUAAAAGGUUUAACAUCUUUAACAGCAAACAAGUGCAAAAAAAUCACUGAUUCUGGUAUCAUUCAAUUUUUAAAAAAUUGCUCAGAUCUUAAACAUCUUCAUCUCUCCAACACUAACAUAACAAUUGAUACAAUUAUUGCUGCUGACCGGGAAACCGAAAACCGUAGAAAUGAUAUUAUUUUGUAUAUACACUGUAUAGGUCAUCGAGUGUUUAAAAAAUCCUGUGAGCCAAUAAUUAAAUCUAAAUGGUUGGUUGUAUAUUAUCAUGAAUGGAAAAUCCUUUGA